AUUAAGCCCUUCAAACUACUACAGUUUGAAUUCAAACUCUCGGGAAAGACUAACAUCCUAAUGUAGGACACAUGGCACAAGAUACAGCAUCAAAGAAAAACAGUAAGAACGGAGAGUGACAACAAAGCAAAGGCAAUGUCCCAAUCAACAGAUACCUCCCAGUGUGGUGGAGUAGUGGUUGAAUUUGAAUCUGAUGACAUCAGGGAUUCAAGAACUACAAAAGCAAAGAAUAUACCAGGUUCAGCUCUUAUCUACCUCAAAGGUCCAAAGUUUCUCAUCUAUGUGAGUGGAGCAUUGUCGAUGUGGGGUGACCGUAUGUGGCACUUUGCAAUAUCUGUGUUCCUCAUUGAGUUGUAUGGCCACAACCUGCUGUUGACUGCGGUGUUUGGAUUGGUGCUGGCAGGGUCGGUGUUGUUGCUCGGGGCUUUAAUUGGAGACUGGGUUGAUCGCAAUCCACGGAAUAAAGUUGCACAUGCAUCUCUUUUUCUGCAGAACACCUCAGUGACUGUAUGUAGUAUAGUGCUCAUGUUGGUGUUCUUGUAUAAGGAACGGAUAGAACAAAUCUGGGAUGGAUGGUUUACUGUGGUUUGUUAUACGGUGGUGAUCAUCCUGGCAGAUGUGGCAAACCUUGCAAGCACAGCGCUGACCAUUGCCAUCCAGAGGGACUGGAUAGUGGUUAUUACAGGCUACAAUCGAGGCCACCUGGCUGGAAUGAAUGCAACCAUGAGGAGGAUAGAUCAGGUGUCCAACAUCCUGGCCCCACUGGCAGUAGGGCAGGUCAUGACCUUGGCCUCUAACGUUGUUGGCUGUGGCUUCAUCCUGGCAUGGAACCUCUUUUCACUCAUUGUGGAGUUCUUCUUCUUGUCAAGAGUUUAUCGUAUUGUUCCUGCUCUCUCAGUCAAACCUCCAACCGUUGUGGGUGAUCAGGACUACCUGGAAAGGACAGAAAGGAGAGGUUUGCAAGGGGAAGGAAAUCAUGAACAACCUGAAACUCUGGUAGAGAGUAACUACAGCUCCAGGAUAUGCCUCAAAGGAAUCACCAAUUUUCCACAGUGUUUUCAAAGGUUUCGAUGCCUGUUGAGCACAUGUAAGGAUGGCUGGAGAGCAUAUUAUCGACAACCCGUCUUCCUGGCUGGAAUGGGUUUGGCUUUCCUCUACACUACCGUUCUGGGUUUUGACUGCAUCACUACUGGCUAUGCCUACACUCAGGGCAUAAGCGGCUCACUCCUAAGUCUACUAAUGGGCGUCUCAGCUAUCACAGGGCUGAUGGGUACUGUAUUGUUCACAAGGCUCAGGAAGUCAGUUGGCCUCAUAAAUACAGGCAUCAUCUCCAGCUGCCUCCACCUGGGUUGCUUGUUGCUCUGUGUGUGCUCUGUGUUUGCUCCUGGCAGCCCUAUGGAUCUUAGUUUGCUGAUGCCCUACUUUAGCUCUGGUUCCUAUGCUGAGCCUGGAGGGAUGGCAAACAUAAGGCAAAAACACACCUAUCCUCUGACUGGAGGGAACAAUCAGCCUUUACUUCCUGAUCGCUCCUCAAUUCACUGGACCAACAACACCGUCCUGUUUGACAACGACCCUUCUGGAACAGCGCCUGACUCUUAUGUUUCCAUCAUUCUGCUAUUCCUGGGUGUUAUAACUGCACGUAUUGGUUUGUGGUGCUUUGACCUGACUGUGACCCAGCUUUUGCAGGAGACCAUCUGUGAGUCAGAACGAGGAGUAGUAAAUGGGGUGCAGAGCUCUAUGAAUUACCUAAUGGACCUGCUUCACUUCAUCAUGGUGAUUUCUGCUCCACAACCUCAACACUUUGGCAUCCUUGUUAUCAUUUCUGUUAUAUUCAUCAGUACUGGGCACAGUAUGUAUUUUGUGUAUGCACAUAGAGCCAAGAGAAAACACCACCUCGAAAGAUAAAAAGAAAACACAGCUUAUGUAUGAGCGCUGAAUCCUAUCUGCACCUGGGAAAUGAAUGCCUCCCUCCUGAUCCGUUACUGCAACACUCUGCUCCUGACUUGGCCAUUCACUUUAGCACUACAGACUUGAUUUUCAGUGUGCAACAGAAGCAACAACAACCUAUGUGAACAACAGGAGACAAGUUAUGGGAUAUUCUCCACAACCUAAGAUGUCUGCAAUAAAUAAUGCAGUAAUGCAUCUAAAAAAUGUGUGCAAAAUGACAUACAGGAGGACACCAAACUAAUGACUAAGGCAUUGGUGUAUUUGUGCAAACAUUGCAGAGUUGCCGCAGCUGUAAGACUUUCAGGCAUGUCUGCUACCUUAUAUGGCUUUAUAGAUGGAGGAGGGGAACGGUGAUGUUUUAUGGCCCUCAGUUAGUGGAACAGAAUGAGGAAAACCACUUAAAACCACUUCUUAUGAAUAGAAGGAAGGGAAAGGUACUCUGACAAGUGGCAUUGAUGUUACUGAUCCGUCCACUUGGAAAUAUUCCAGGAUGUCCGAAAAGGAACAUAAAGGGAACUGGUUGUUAGAUUGUUUUAUUAAAGAAUAAAAAGGAAGCCUCCCCUUUUAGUGGACAUAGUGAAUGGACAAAAGCAUUUCCUUCACCUGGUUUGUUUCUCUGUGGAUGAAUCAAGCAAACAUUGUUGCUCUUUUUCAUAUUUGUCCACAUUAC